CCAAAUGUCAAAAAGUUAAAAAUAUGUCAACAUAACAAUCAUCUAAUAAAUAAAAAGGCAAAUUAAAUUAUUUAUAAGUAUUUAAUUGCAAAUCGGGUGAAAAUUUUGGUGAACGGUAACUUAUUAUUUCAGUUAUUUACAAAACUAUUCAAAAUAUACUUGUAAUGUAGCAAAAGUUCUAUGUGCGAACUUUUUUGGUUAUAAUAAUGUCCAAAUUAACUUAGUUAAACCGGGUCGCAUAUUUUCGUAUUGAUAAAUGAUGAGAUUCAGAACAUACAAAUUGUAUAAAGAACUUCAAAGUUUGUAUUCCAAACAAUUUAGUUCCUUAACAACUUUGAACACUUCAAAUGUUUAUAAGCAGCAUUAUCCUAGACAUCCGAUAUGUGUUUCAUCAAUAGUGUGUCUAUAUUCGUCAGAUCAUAAAAACUCCUUUCAAAAUAUAGAAAAAAAAGCAGAAGCUUUAAAAGAUGCAUUUGAGCAAAGGAGGGAAAAAAUUAAAGACACAGAACAUAAAAUUAGACUUAAAGGCGUUGAAAUCGUUCGUGACUUAAAACAACACAAGGAAUUAACAAGCCAAAAAUUAAGGGAGAAAAAAGAUGGUUUUAUAAAAGAUAUAAGAGAGACAAAAGCAAAAGUUAAAGAAAAACUUGAAGGAGUUGUUGAGAGAGAAAAUAUUUUCACAGUUCCAAACAUACUGUGUGUAAUGAGAAUAGCAAUGUCUCCAUAUUUAGGUUAUGUAAUUUUGCAAGACGAUUACAACCUAGCACUUGGAUUACUUACAUUUGCAGGUAUUACAGACUUGUUGGAUGGCUGGAUAGCUCGUAACUGGGAAGGGCAGGCAUCAAAAAUGGGUUCCUUUCUCGAUCCAAUGGCAGAUAAAGUCUUGAUUGCUACAUUAUUUAUAUGCCUUACCUGGCAAAAUCUUAUUCCCUUAUCCCUGACCCUUCUCAUUGUGGGAAGAGACGCAGCUCUGGUUGCAGCCGGUUUUGUUAUAAGAUAUAUCAGUCUACCUCCACCAAGGACCUUGAGCCGCUAUUUCGACGUGACACACGCAACAGCGCAACUGGCGCCCACAUUCAUAAGUAAAGUGAACACUGCAAUACAACUAUUAUUGGUUGGUACAACUCUCGCAUCCCCAGUAUUUGGGUAUGUGGACCAUCCCGCUUUACAAGUUCUUUUUGGUGUGACUGCGACAUCAACAGUCAUUUCAGCACUUAGUUAUCUAACUAGCAAAGAUACAUAUAAAGUUCUCAAGAAGAAAUUAUGAUUCAUAUAAAUAUAUUGUAUAUUUUUUGUAGUCUUCCAUUAUUGAGAUUGAUGAAAUCUAAGAAAUAGGCGUUCAUUGUUAAAUAACAUUUUGAAUAACAUACUGAUAAAAUGCAUAGUCAAGUAAGUGAGAGAAUAUUAAUGGAAUAAGGUUCUUGUGUACACUUUGCUUAUAUGAAAAUUGUUGCCUUUUCACAAUAUUGAUGUUAUCUUUAUUAGUGUAGAUAUAAGAUUGUGGGAGUUAAAAAAAUAAAACCUCUGGAUACAAAA